ACAGAAGAAAAGCGACGAAGAAGACAGUUUGGAAAUCUUUAUGACAUGGAUAGUAAAACUGUGAUAAAGGUGAUGCAGUCUUGGCAGCAUGUUUAAAAAAAUGUUCAAUUAAAAAAAAAAAAAAAAGUCUUGGCAGCAGGACUGAAGUUACAAAGUUCAGUCCACAAACCAGAAACAAGUGCGACAGCGUCUGGUAUUCGGAAAGAUGGCUGAAUAUAAUCGUGUUUCGGAGUGUGUCGGUUUGAUUACUCUGCGGAAUCCGCCUGUCAACGCACUCAGUGCAGCGGUGAGGCAGGGCAUUGUUGAUACCGUGGAGAGAGCACUCAGCGACCCAAACGUGAAGUCUGUGGUCAUCUGUGGCCAGAAUGGAAUCUUCUGUGGAGGGGCGGACAUCAAGGAGUUUGGAUCCAAAAUGACUGGACCUCCACUAAUUCCGAUGAUCCACGCCAUUGAGUCUGCCAACAAGCCGGUGGUGGCGGCCAUAGAAGGAAGCGCUUUAGGUGGAGGGCUUGAGUUGGCGCUUGGUUGUCAUUAUCGAAUCGCACACUCUAAAGCCAGACUGGGGCUUCCAGAGGUGAGUUUGGGUCUGUUGCCAGCUGCAGGAGGAUCCCAACGUCUGCCAAGGCUCAUCGGGGUCCCAGCUGCCCUAAACCUCAUCACCACAGGCCGCCAUGUGACUGCCGCUGAGGCCCUGCAACUUGGCAUAGUGGAUCAGGUUACUGACCACAACACUGUGGAUGCAGCUGUGAAGUUUGCCCUGAGUGUUGCAGGUCGGUCACUGGAUCCUCGUCGUAUCAGUACUCAUCCGUGUCCACAGCAGCCUGAUUUGGAUGCUCUCUUUGAGGAGGUGAUGCAAAAGGUGCGUCAGAGCGCCCGUGGAGCUAUUGCACCCAUCGCAUGUGUCCAGGCGGUGCGGGCGGCUGCCACCCUGCCCUACGCUCAGGGCAUGGAGCGAGAGAGAGAGCUGAUGGCCACUCUCUUCACCUCAGGCCAGGCCCGCGCCCUGCAGUACUGUUUCUUUGCUGAGAGAGCUGUUGGCAGGUGGAGGAUGCCUAGUGGAGCCCGCUGGGACACGAGCAAGCCCAGGCCUGUGCAUAAAGCAGCUGUCAUCGGCCUCGGCACCAUGGGGAGAGGCAUUACCGUGGCACUGGCUCAGACCGGGUUGUCUGUGAUCGCCGUGGAGACCCAGGAGAAGCAGUUGAUGGAGGCAAAGCAGGCGAUAUCUGGCAUGUUGGAGCGAGGAGCCAAGAGACGUGGUGUGGCUCCUGCUCUUGAUAGAGUCAUUUACAGCCAGAACAUCCAGGCCGUGGCGGAUGUGGACCUGGUCAUCGAGGCUGUCUUUGAGGACAUCGCCCUGAAGACCAAAGUCUUCCAGCAGCUUUCUGCCGUUUGUAAACCCGGCACAUUACUGUGCACCAACACUUCUGCUCUAGACGUGGACCAGCUCGCCUCUGAGACCCCCAACCCCGAGCUGGUGGUUGGGAUGCACUUCUUCGCCCCAGCCCAUGUCAUGAAGCUGCUGGAGGUGGUGUACGGGCCUCGGUCCUCUCCUCAAGCCGUGGCCACUGCCAUGCAACUGGGGAAGAAAAUGGGCAAAGCCAGUGUGGCAGUUGGCAACUGUCGAGGCUUCGUGGGGAACCGCAUGCUGAAGCCUUACAUUGAAGAAGCGUUCUUCCUUCUGGAGGAGGGAGCUACACCAGAGUUAGUCGAUCAAGCGCUGGAGGAGUUUGGUUUUCCCAUGGGUGUGUUCAGAAUGUCCGACCUCUCUGGGCUGGACGUGGGAUGGAGAGUCAGGAAAGGAGACGGGCUGGUGGAGCCUGGCACGGCGUCAGGGCGAUCUGCUAGAAUCCGACAGGGUCGCAGGUACAGUCCUCUGGGAGACCUGCUCUGUGAGGAGGGACGCUUCGGCCAGAAAACAGGCCGGGGGUGGUACCAGUAUGACAAACCUGGCAGUCGGGUUGCUAGGUCUGACCCUUGGCUGCACAGCUUUCUGGGGGCGUACCGAGCCCAGCACGGCCUGGUGGCGCGACGCAUCGACCACCAGGAGGUGCUGGAGCGCUGCCUCUACGCCCUGAUCAACGAGGGCUUCCAUAUCCUGGAUGAUGGAAUAGCUGCAGGACCUGAAGACAUCGAUGUCAUCUAUGUGUCGGGCUACGGCUGGCCCAGGCACCGUGGAGGUCCGAUGUUCUACGCCAACAUGGUCGGGCUGGCGAAGGUCCUGGAGAGGCUGGAGCACUACCAGCAGCUUCACCCUGAGGUGCCCCACCUGCAGCCCAGCAGCCUGCUCAGGAGGCUGGUGGCCAGCGGCAGCCCACCUAUCCACAAGUGGGGGGAGGUUAUCAAGAAACUCCACAGUCAGCUUUAAAUCUUAAGCAUUUUAGCUCUAAGCUCUUAAUUCACUUUAAUAAUGACAAGCUUAUACUGUGAUAAACAGUAAAUUGCUUAUUUUGUACUCUUUAAAAUGUCUAAUCUUUUUCUUUUGUAUAUUGUGAUUAUGAAUGUAAUUAUUGAAGGCUGCUGUGCUUUCUUUAAUUUAAUAAUCAUAAUAGCUUUGUCUGUGCCAAUUUAUUAGGUACACAAUGUAAUAUAAUUAUAUACAACAACAGUAAAUCAUAUCUUUGUUAAGCUGAUUGAGCUUGUGUUGACAUUUUAUCAAAUACAUUGAUUUGACUUGCAAUAGAUUGAUGGUUUAAUUGUUUCUAAAAGAUUGUCUCUUGUGUGUGUAAAUAGUGGCUGUACAAAACACUAUAAACACAAGAAACAGAACAUGUUAUUGAUUUUCCUAUAUUAGGCUUGAAUGGUUUUUAAUGAAUCAUGUUUAAUAAAUGUUGACAAAUGUUUUGUGUAAUGUACAAUAUUUGAUAAUAAAAAUAAUCUGAUGUCCAAAGA